ACGAAAAUUCUGUUAUUUCCACGUGUCACUUGUAGUGUUGAACAGUUACAUAAUUUAAAAAAGAGUUGAAAUGGCUCCCAAACGUUGUAAUCUGUUGUUAAUUUAUGGUUCUCAAACUGGGCAAUCAAAGUCGAUUGCCGAGGACAUUAAAACAAAAGCUGAAUCGUUGAAUUACGACGUCGAAAUGAUGUCCAUGGAUGACUCAGUUGAAAAGAUUCCCUGGAAAGAAUAUAGAUUUCUCAUCAUCAUUACAUCUUCGACUGGUGAUGGAGAUCCUCCUGAAAAUGCAGGCAUUUUUUGGAAGAAGAUUAGAUCAAAGAACUUGGAAAAUGAUUACUUGUGUCAUUUGGUGUAUGCUCUGCUCGGUUUGGGUGACACAAACUACACAACGUUUUUGGGCUAUCCCAAGAGUGUUGAAAAGCAACUUCAAAAACUUGGAGCGAAGCAAUUUUACAAAUCAGGAUGGGCAGAUGAUGCUGUAGGACUGGAGAUUGUGGUUGAUCCAUGGAUUGAAAACUUAUUGCCUGCUCUAGAAAAUCAAAUAUUAAAUCCUCAAACUUUGCCUGACACUAUUCCAGCAUCUGAUAUUCCCGUGGAGCAGUCAUCCAUUACCAUUACCCCAGAACUUGCAGUAGUUCCUGAAGUUGAAAAGCAAUUGACUGUGUCCUAUAAGAAACAGGAAGAAGAACUGGAAAAAUGUAUUUUAGGAUUGUCAAAUUUAAAAAUGUCUGCAUCUCCACUUAGCGAAUGUGAUCUGAAGGUCCCCGUUCUUCCUGUGUCAUAUUUGGAAUUGAAAUUCAAUUCUGAAUUGAUAUUUUUCCCCGAAGACGUUUUACGAAAACCGAUGCCUUCUUCCAGAACCCCCGUCUUCCAAGCAAAAAUCAAAAGUCUGAAACAACUCACCAGCGAAAAAGCAGCAAAAACCACUUUGGAAACAACGUUGGAAUUCUCUCCAGCUGAAAUCGAAUACCAACCCGGAGACUCGAUCGGUGUUUGUUGCGCCAACUGCUCAGAAGAAGUGGACGCACUCCUUCACAGGUUAAAUAUGACUGAUCAAGCUGAUAUACCAUUCAAAUUAAGAGUCAAAGAAGAAUUUGCUACAAUGAAAUCUGGAACCAAACCAAAAUAUGAAGUCCCUUCUCACUUACCCAAUUUAGCAACAUUAAGAUUUGUCUUGACUCGAUGUUGCGAGAUACGGAGCGUACCUCGUAAAGCACUUAUUCGGAUUCUAGCCGAAUUUUCAUCUGACGAUGUUGAAAAACGUCGACUCUUGGAACUCUGUAGUCUUCAAGGAUCUAACGAUUAUACGAGGCUUGUCCGUCAGCCCGAGCUCAAUGUUUUGGAUUUUCUGAAUACGUUCGCUUCUUGCCAUCCUCCUGUCGAGCGUCUACUGGAACAAUUGCCUCGCCUAUUGGCACGACCUUAUUCAUUAAGCUCGUCACCGUUAAAAGAUCCAAAAUCGGCAAGUUUUGUUUUCAAUGUCGUUGAGUUUCCUGUUCAAGACGGAAGGACAUACGAAAGAAAAGGAGUCGCAACUGGCGAAUUAUCCCGAAUGUUUGAUAAAAUCAAGACUGGCUCUACCGAUUCUGUUGGCUCCAAUGGAAAUGGCCGUGCAUUUUCCUUGUCCGUAUUCUUAAGAACCAACAGCGGAUUCUCCUUACCGAAGAGCUCAGAAACUCCACUAAUUUUGAUCGGACCAGGUACAGGAGUGGCGCCUUUCUUAGGAUUCCUAGCUCACAGAGAGGAGCUGGUGAAAAGGGACCCUAGUCUUACUUGCGGACCUAUAUGGCUCUUUUAUGGUUGCAGGAAUAGAGAUCAAGAUUACCUCUUCAAGGACGACCUGGAAAGAUGGCAUUCGAUAGGGAUCUUGACAAGAUUGCUCGUGACGUUUUCUAGAGAGAAUAAACCUUCUCAACCUAAAUACGUCCAGGAUUUGAUUCAGGUGUAUGCCGUUUCACUGGUGAAGUUGAUUGAGAAGGGCGCUUGCGUGUACGUUUGCGGCGAUGCCAAAAACAUGGCCAAAGAUGUUAUGCAAGCAUUCACCGCUGCAUUCCAAACUGCUCGUCAACUGGACGAGGAACAAGCGAAAAAGGCUGUUGUUCAACUCCAAAUCGAAAAGCGAUAUUUGCAAGAUAUCUGGACUUGAGAAAUGCCCAGUUUUCAGGUCACGUUUUCUUUUUAGUUUUUAGAUCAUAUUAGUUAGCCUCUUUCACCCCACUAACGGGCCCAGCCCUUACGACGCUUUACGAUAGUGUUUCAAUGACCAAAAUGCUCCGGUUGUGCCAAAAAGGAACCUGACCGAUAUGCUGCGUGUUUGUCAGACAAAGGACACGUAUAUUUUUUUUGUUUUUUGUGACAUACACACAUACGAAUGAAGUGAAAAAAAAAAAAAAUGGAAACUGUACAGUUACAUACAGUGAGAAGAGAAGACGUUGAAGCCUAAUUAAAUUUUAAAAAACUG